AACACCCGGAUGUGUGCGGCACUUCGACUGCAUAGUAGAAUCGCUGGAUCCAGAUAAUAUACUAUUUGAUGGGAAUCAGAUCGCGGAUUACGACAACAAAAAAAUGAAAUCAACUGAAUCAGUGCCGUUUUGGAAUCACUGACAGAAUGGAGGACGAUCUGGUUUCAGAGGAUGAUAUCUUGCUCCGGUCGGAGAAGGAAUUCCACGAUGCAGCAAAGAGGAACGACACGGACAAAAUGCGGGAGCUGAUGAAGAAAGGAGUGGACAUCAAGACCAAAAACAAAAAAGGCCGUACAGCGCUGCACUGGGCGGCAGGGGCUGGAAACGAGCAGGCUCUACGUCUGUUACUAGACCAUAAUAAUGAGGUGAAUGUGGAGGACAGUUUUGGUAUGAAUCCUCUGCUGCUGGCAGCCUGGUUCGGUCGCCUCAAGAUCCUACAGAUCCUCGUGGCCUCUGGCGCAAAGCUCAACUGUGAAAACAAAAAUGGGCUGGGCCUGCUGCACUGUGCCGCCCAGCGGGGUCAUAGCAGAGUGCUGGAGUUCAUCAUGGAGGACCUAGUAGAGGAUGUACUGCUGGACAGGGUGGACAAUUUAAUCCCUCACUCCCUGUUUUACUGUCAGUCUGGGAAGACAGCGUUUCACCUGGCUGCAGAACAUGGACAACUAGAGGUGGUUGAGUUCCUCAUCGGUAUGGGCUGCACUCACGGCCUCAAGGAUAAGGAUGAAAACAUGGCCAUCCAUCUAGCAGCCAAGCAUGGACAUAACGAGGUCCUGCAGAAGUUAGUUGAGACAGGAGUGGACAUUGACGAGAGAAACAUAGACGGACUGACACCUCUGCACUUGUCCUCUGAUGGAGGUCACUAUGAAUGUGUCAAACUACUGCUGGAGGCCUGCUGUAAUGUCAACGCGCUGACAAACAAGAAUAUGAAUGCCCUCCACUACGUGGCCCAGCACGGCUUUGAGAGGGAGACCAGUCUGCUGCUGGAGGCGGGGGUCAACACAGACACGGUGGAUGGCCAACACACAUCCCCUCUUCACAUCGCCGUGCUCCACAAUCACACCGAGGUGGUACGGCUGCUAGUAGAUGCUGAAUGUGAUCUGGACAUAUCUGACAAUAGGCUCCAGACAGCCCUGCACAUCGCAGCAGAGCAUGGAAGACAGGACAUCGCUGAGAUGAUCCUCAUAGCUGGGGUUAACCUCAAACUACUGGAUAAGCAGGGGAAGACUUCUCUGGAGGUGGCAGCCAGAGGAAACCAUGUCAUCUUAGUGGACAUGAUCAUCAAAGCAGACCGGUUUUACAAGUGGGAAAAGGACAACGUGAUCAGCGAUGAUGAUUCGUGGCUGGGGAAGCAGCUGAGCUUUAAGCAGGACCACCAGGUGGAGACCCAGCACCUGCGCUCUGUCACAUGGAGGCUGGCCACCAAAGACCUGUCCCGCGGGGAGUGGAAGAGCCUCGCACAACACUGGGGCUUCACGGAUGCCCACAUACGCUCCAUAGAGCAGCAGUGGACAGGUACAAAGAGCUUCAAGGAGCAUGGGCACCGUAUGUUGCUGAUCUGGCUGCAUGGAGUAGUCAUCGCAGGGGAGAACCCAAUCAAAGGCCUGUAUGAGGGACUGACGGGGAUCUCCAGGACCGACCUAGCUGAAAGCAUCAGACAGAAGGCAAAUGCAGACACAAGCUCUCCCAAGAAAUGCACCGCCAUGUGAACAAGUCCAUCCUGAAACACACUGAUAUACUGCAGGAAUAAAUGCCCAUUUCAGGGUUCAAAACUAAAAAUAGUGUCUGAAUAAAGUUAACACACUGAACAAAAUAUAAAUGCAACAUGUAAAGUGUUGGUCCCAUGUUUAAUGACCUGAAAUAAAUGAUCUCAGAAAUGGUCCAUAUGCACAAAAAGCUUAUUUCUCUCAAAUUUUGUGCACAAAUUUGUUUACAUCCCUGUUUGUGAGCAUUUCUCCUUUGCCAAGAUAAUCCAUCUGCCUGACAGGUGUGGCAUAUCAAGAAGCUGAUUAAACAGCAUGAUCAUUAUACAGGUGUACCUUGUGCUGGGAACGAUAGAAGGCAACUCCAAAAUGUACAGAUUUGUCACACAACACAAUGCAACAGAUGUCUCAUGUUUUGAGGGAGCAUGAAAUUGGAAUGCUGACUGCAUGAAUGUCAACCAGAGCUGUUGCCAGAGAAUUUAAUGUCCAUAAGUCUCAAGUCAUUUGAGAGAAUUUGGCAGUAUGUCCAUCCGGCCUCACAACCACAGACCACAUGUAUGGCGUUAUCUGAGCGAGCGGUUUGCUGAUGUCAACGUUGUGGACAGAAAGCCCCAUGGUGGCGGUGGGGUUAUGGUAUGGGCAGGCAUAAGCUACAGACAACGAACACAACUGCAUUUUAUCGAUGGCAAUUUGAAUGCACAGAGAUACCGUGACAAGAUUCUGAGGCCCAUUGUCGUGCCAUUCAUCCGCCGCCAUCACCUCAUGUUUCAUCAUGAUAAUGCACGGCCCCAUGUCGCAAGGAUCUGUACACAAUUCCUGGAGGCUGAACAUUUCCCAGUUCUUUCAUGUCUUGCGUACUCACCAGACAUGUCACCCAUUGAGCAUGUUUGGGAUGCUCUGGAUCUACGUGUAUGACAGUGUGUUCCAGUUGCUGCCAAUAUCCAGCAACUUUGCACAGCCAUUGAAGAGGAGUGGGACAACAUUCCACAGCCUUAUCAACUCUAUGUGAAGGAGAUGUGUCGCGCUGCAUCGGGCAAAUGGUGGUGAAACCAGAGACUGACUGGUUUUCUGAUCCAAGGUAUCUGUGACCAACAGAUGCAUAUCUGUAUUCCCAGUCAUGUGAAAUCCAUAGAUUAGGACCUAAUUCAUUCAUUUCAAUUGACUGCUGUCCUUAAAUAAACUAUAACUCAGUAAAAUCUUUGAAAUUGUUGCAUGUUGUGUUUAUUUUUGGUCUGUAUAUAUUUAAUGCUUAUGGAGGCACCCAUGUUAAUAUAUCUAAUAUGUUAUGGUGCCCAGCAACCUGUAAUUCGACCCCUGGAUCAGUCAAAGAUCCAUGUAUGUCUGUCAUACAGAGAACUAUAGCAGUCAGUGUUUUUCUCUAAGUUCAACUGAAUUAAAUGUUAAGAGUUUUUUGUGUGUGGGGUGGUGCACUGUAAAUGUGAAAAAUAUUUGCUCUACUGGUGCAGGUGCAAUGAAAUUAAAUGUUCUACUGAGCCAUUAUAUUUCCAUAUUCUAGGCACCAUGCAUUUAAGACCUUGUUGUUUAGCCUAAAAGGCAAAGAGGGCAUAAUAAAAACAAUAUUUUUCAUGCCUGAAAAUAAAACAAAUAUUCUACCAUUUAAUUUUUUCAUACCUGACAAGUAAAAAAUGUUUUCUCUCUACAUCUGCCAUAUUAAUAGAAUGCUUUUUUCAAUGUUUUACUAGCGAGACCACUUGUUUUGUACUGCUUUCAGCUGUGUGGUGAAGUAUUCCACAUUGGUCUCUUCUGUACCGGACUGCAAUGCCAACUCAGUCUACUAAAUUACAACUGUUCAUGACUAUGCAGCUCAAUAACUAAAAUAGGUGGUGGUUCUACCACAUGGUAGAUUUUUACCAUUAAAAUGCCAAUACAUAUUGUGUAAAGAUCUGUUUUUAACAAAUGCUUAACUGUUUUCUAUUUUCUUGUAUUGAUGGACAAUGCACUGGAAUGGACUGUUAUUUAGUUGAUCACUGUUUGGCUUGUACAUUUAGGUCAAUUAAACAAUUUGUGAUCAACAA